AUGAACGCUGAUUAUUUCCCUCCUAUGCUCGCUCUUCCAGUCAAUCAUCCAUCUAUGGCUGAGAUGUCACCACCAACCAACGGAAUCCAGAAUAUUGCUAAAAGUGAUACCGCCAUCGUCCAAGCAAAUGGCUCUCCCGCUACUUACAGUGCACCCUCCCGCGUCACUCUUCAUCUCGGCCACUUGCCAAGCAAGAAAGAUAUCAAGGCUCCGUGGCCGCGCACACCCUCACGGGUCGGUAAAAACAUGAGUUGUCACCCAAGGAGUCCAUCUGAUGAGCAUCGUGGUAUCUUCUCCCAGGUUGACCCAAACAACCCGCCAUGGCCGGCCUACCGUGGCUACCACGAGUACUCCUUUGCACAUGCAACUAUGGGCGUUCGCUUACCGACUAUCCUUGGAAAAGCUAUAGACGAUGCGUCGCGAACUCUAAAUGAGCAGUAUGCCGAAGAUAAGAUUGUUGAUCUUGUAGAAUGUUUGGAGAGAAUGGACACCCUGAUGGCCGACCUCAGUGGAAAUGCUAAGCUUAGACCAAUCAUCGACGACGGUGAAGGUGAUGUGGCCCUGUGGAAUAAGGAAAUUGCAAAGUAUUUCCAGGGCAAGGAUUUCAUGAAUGCACCUUGGUUGUUUGCCGAAGCCUACAAAUACCGUCGUCUGCAUGAGUGCUUCAGUGUGAGCAAGUACUGGAAAGACUAUGAUGUUUUCUACCGUCAAAAGUGUGACACUUUUUCAAGAUCCACAGAUGCUGUCUUUGAGUUGUCUAUGCGCUUUGCUGAGCCCUUUAAGCAGUCAGACAAUAUGUCAGACAAAGAGAAAGCAGAAAACGAGAGACUCAUGUUUUUGGAGUUGACUCAAGUGUGUCUGUGGGGCAACUCGACUGACCUCUCACUUUUGAUCAACAUGACGGAAGAACAGAUCAAAUCUCUCCAGUCAACCGGAGGAGACCACCUUGCUUCCACCGAAAAGAAUAUUCUUGGAAACCAUCUUAACCAGCUUUGGGAGACUGUCAAGGUCCUCCGCGAAAAGACUGGUGGACGAAUUGACUUCGUGUUGGAUAACGCCGGGUUUGAAUUGUAUUGCGAUUUCGUGUACGCCGAUUUCCUCAUACAGACUGGUCUGGCAAAGCAGAUUCGGUUCCAUGGCAAGCGUUAUCCGUGGUUCGUGUCUGAUGUGACGCGGAAAGACUGGGACUGGUUACUGAACACCAUGGUAUACGGUCAUUUGUUCCCGAAAGCCUCUGAGGUUGAGCGAGAAUCGCUACGGAGACUUGGGACCCGCUGGAAGCAAUACGAGAAAGAUGGCAUAUGGCAAUAUGAGCAACAUCCUUUCUGGUGCACUGGAUAUACGUUCUGGGACCUUCACAGCGAGGCACCAGAUCUCUUCCUCCACCUGUCUCGCUCAGAUCUCGUCUACUUCAAAGGCGACCUGAACCACAGGAAGUUGACCUAUGAUUGUGCUGCGCCAGCUAGCAUUCCAUUCGAAAUUUCCAUUGGACCGAUGGCCAGCGCUGCUGGAGCUCCAAAGAUUUGCAGUCUGCGGACAAUCAAAAGCGACGUUGUUGUUGGGCUAGGAGACGAUGGGGACGCCAUAGCAGAGCGGUUAGACAAGGAAGAACCAGGCUGGAAGAUCAGCGGGAAAUAUGCUGUCGUACUCCUGUCAGAAGGUCGACCGGGUGAGAAAGUGCGGUUUGCUUGAAUAAAGUGAAUUCCACCUGGUAGAAAAUCAUCAUUGUCUCGGGUGCCGUCUCUCCUGUGUGCCGGCAUUUACUUGUCGCUUCCUAUAGCUGUUCAACUCGUUUAUUGCAGAGUACUAUCGGUAGAGUCGGGGCAGAUACGUUCUCUGCAAUGUAUGCAUUCCCAAUAUUUCUCACUAUUUUUGUUACAGUAUACUGUUAUAAGAUACUUAUAUGUUGUCAAUUCACCGCUUCGAGAUGUAAGACAAGAAAUACUGACAUCUUAAUCAAUGUGCCGAGCAAUUGUUGCGCGUAUCUGAGACUCUUGAGUCUUGAGUGCGCUCUCCGGAUCCAGCAAUCAACCAAACUUGCAUGGAGUCACGUGAUCUUGAUCACGCGUCGGGCGGAAUCCCGGUUAUCAAAAUGCAGGCACUGAGCCCGCCUCCCAGCAGCUGGUGGGCGGGACACAUGCGGGAACGCUAGGGCGAGCGG